UUCCGGCUCUGCUCCCACACGGUCUCGCCCUACUCCUAGUACAGGGAGGAAAGGCGCGCGCGGGUAGGCGGGAAACAGCCCAGCCCUGAACAAAAGGCUGGGGAAGUGGCCCCUCUGGGUGAACUGCAGGCCUGUGCUAGCCGCACCGCUCGGGGCUUGGGGCGAGCGGGGAAGGGCGAAGACACUCUUUCCCUGGGGAUCCGCCCCUUGUCGCGCACCUGGUGUCACUAGCGCUCCAUGGCUACUACCCAAAGGCUGCGGCACCCUCGAAUUAUUUAACAUGGAAGAAGAUGAGUUCAUUGGAGAAAAAACGUUUCAGCGUUGUUGUGCAGAAUUCAUUAAACAUUCACAACAGAUAGGUGAUAGUUGGGAAUGGAGACCAUCAAAGGACUGUUCUGAUGGCUACAUGUGCAAAAUACACUUUCAAAUUAAGAAUGAGCCUGUGAUGUCACAUCCAGGGACAUCUGCUUAUGGACAGACAUGUCUUCCCAUGGAGGAGGCUUUUGAGCUACCCUCAGAUGAUUGUGAAGUGACUGAAGCUCCAGCAGCAUCCCAAGUGAUUAAAUAUGAGUAUCAUGUCUUGUAUUCCUGUAGCUACCAAGUGCCUGUACUUUACUUUAGGGCAAGCUUUUUAGAUGGGAGACCUUUAACUCUGAAGGACAUAUGGGAAGGAGUUCAUGAGUGCUAUAAGACGCGACUGCUACAGGGACCAUGGGAAACUAUUACACAACAGGAACAUCCAAUACUUGGGCAACCCUUUUUUGUACUUCAUCCCUGCAAGACGAAUGAAUUCAUGACUCCUGUAUUAAAGAAUUCUCAGAAAAUCAAUAAGAAUGUCAACUAUAUCACGUCAUGGCUGAGCAUUGUAGGGCCGGUUGUUGGGCUGAAUCUACCUCUGAGUUAUGCCAAAGCAACCUCUCACGAUGAACGAAAUGUCGAUUAACAAGUCCCCUACCAAGUUACUUAGGACAAGGAUCCCCAAUCUUCCAGCCAAGGUCCACAAUCAGGCCUUACAGCAGGAGGUGACCAUCGUCUGGUGAGCAAGCAAGCCAGCAUUACCACCUGAGCUCUGCCUCCUCUCACCUCAGCUGCAGUAUUGGGUCCUCAUAGGAGUGUGAACUCUAUUGUGAACUGCACAUGUGAGGGAUCUAGGUUGCAUGCUUCUAUGAGACUCUAACCAAUGCUUGAUGAUCUGAGGGGAACAGUUUCAUCCUGAAACCAUCUUCCACUCAGUCUGUGGGAAAAUGGUUUUCCCUGAAACCGGUCUCUGGUGGCAAAAAGUUUGGGGUCCAUCAAUCCAGAAAUAUUUUACUUUGCUGUAAGUAGCAUGCAUUCAAUGACAAGAGUGGAUGGUUUUCUUUUAGUACUGAUAUUCUUAAAUAAGUCUGUACUGCUCAGUGAAUCUUCUUUUAUUCUGUUGGCUUUUGUUUUAUAUUCUUCAGAUACUUCUAUUGAGCUUAGAAAUUGUGGCGCAAACAGCACCAAGAGUUUACCUGGCCAGUCCUGGCUUUAAUAGGACCAAUACCGUGGAAUAUUUCAUCUUACCAAGAUGCAACAUGGCUUAUUUUUCCUUUGGAUGCAAAUGUCUGUGGCAACUGAUAUUUGAUAGACUGAAUGUUUAGAAGAAACACUUCAAAGAUGUAAAUCAUGGACAGGCAUGGUAGCUCACACCUGUAUUCCAAGCACUUUGAGAGGCCAAAGUGGGAGCAUCACUUGAGCCUGGGAGUUUGAGACCAGCUUGGGCAAAAGAUUUUGUUCAAACCCUGUCUGUACAAAAAUACAAAACUUUCCCUAAUAUAGUGAUAAGUGUCUAUAGGCCCAGCUACUCAGGAGGCUGAGGUGGGUGGUUGGCUUGAGCCCAGGAGGCAGAGUUUGCAGUAAGCCGAGAUUGUGCCGCUGCACUCCAGCCUGGGUGACAGAGCCAGACCCUGUCUCAGAAAAAAAAAAAAAAAAAAAAGACACAAAUUACUAUAAAUAGCAAACAAUGAGUCUAACUUACUAAUACUAGGAGUGCCAACAUUUCACUUGCAGGUUAUUCUUUUCUAGGCCAAGUAGUUUACUUCCAUUUGUCUGAUAUGGAGAUUGAGGGAGAACUGUAUUUGUGUGUUCAUUUUAAUGUAAGAUAUACAAAAAUUAAAUUACUAGAUUUACAUGUUUCUGAAACUGGUGUUAUAAACAUGACGUAUCUUAAAUGAUUCUCCCACAAUCAAACUCAGGAACAAUAGAUUAUUUCUGUUUUACUGUGAGAGAGAGAGAGAGAGUGUGUAUGUAUAUGUGUGGAUGUUCGUGUAGACAGAUAGAAGUAGAAGAAAGAAAAAAACACAGUGUUUUAUGGUGUGAUAAGAUGUUUUACCAGCAAGGUGUGGCACAGUAAUUAGAAGUUUUCUAAAAAGCUAUAGGAAAUAUUCAAACAUUAAAAUUUCUUUUUGACCUAUAGUAAUAAAACAAUGGUCAUUCUAUCCCUCUACUUGUCAACCCCAUAGUUGCUCUGCUGUACUCUUUGAGGGCUCUUGAGCAAAUCUUCAUGUCCCUGAGACUUAUUUUCUUCAUCUUUAAUUUGAAAAUAACAAGCUACCUCAUAGGGUUGCUGUGAGAACCAUAUGAGAUCAUUAAUGCAUGAUAAGAUAUUGCAAAGUAUUAUACAAAUAUUCAUUAAAUCCUUACCUUUCUUGUAUAUAAUUGGUAUUCACUCAGGCUGUAAAUAAGUUUUAUAGCCAGUUAGGUAUUAAGAUAAACCUAGUCUGGAAAAAUGUUUUGUUUUGGUGGCUUGUGUUUUUUUUUGUUGUUGUUGUUUUCAUUUGCUAGGAGCCAAUUAUCACUGGCUUUUUAGAUAAUCUAGAUUAGUGUCUUUGAAUGAGGGAUAUACUUAAAAUCACCUGAGGAUCAUUUACAGCUACAAAUGCUGGGGCCACUUGACAGUUUCUCUGGGGUGAUUCUGCUCUGGAGAACCUUUGGUCUGGAUAUACCUUUAUUGUAGCAUUGAUUUGUAUUGUUUUGCUCUGACAGGUCUCUUCCAAUCCAUUCAAACUGGACUUGGUUCCUAAUGUUUGUCUAGGCCUUACAUGGAUAGUAAGGAAGCUUAGGAGACACGUCCAUGAGGCAGCCCACUUGUAGGAAACCAGUUCAGGUGAGGACAUCAUUUGCCAGGGGGCCACCAAGCACCAUGACAGCACCCACAGUCCAUAUCUGCAGAUUAAGAGCUGAACUCUCACAGAAAAAGUGGAAGUAUAGAAAGGGUUAAUUCAAACUGCUAGAAAAGCUAAAAGCAAAUUUUAAAAUGCUGAGUUGCACAUAUUCAUGCUAGGAUGAGAGCCAGCUUAAAUGCUUGCUGGGCAUUUUGGUAUUUACCACUUAACGUGUUUUCAACUUCUUUGAGGGAUUUCCCCCCGACUCUCCCUAAUGUAAACACAGAUUUCUCAGCAAGUCAUUUCUCAAGCCAUGUCAUUUCUAGUGUAAAAAAUUAUAAUAAUAUGUCUCUGAAUAGUGUUCUUGUCUGCAAAUAUUAGUUAUCCUUUGCUAACGGAUUCUGAGAUGAGAGUCUAUCAGUUUGGAGCCAAUGUUUAUUUUUUUUAAAAAAGUUAAAAAUAAAACUUUUUCUCUGAUUAACAAAGACCUAAAAAGACAUUUGUGGCAGAAAAAAGUUCUGAGGAGCUCCUGUAGACUGGGGAGGCCUUUCUCCCCAGAUAGAUCUGUCUCCUCAGGCAGCUUGAUUUCUUUCUAGAAUUUUUUUCACUUAAAAAACUUCUAAUUUUUGGUUGAUAACAAUUUCCAUUUUUAAAAAUGCAGUUAUGCUAACAGAAGGUUAUCCUGACAGUUAUUAAACAUUAGAAGAUAACUUGGUUUUGUUGAAGUAACCGUUCUUUAUCGGCAGUCUGAGGAAUUUUUCUCCCUGUUCCUCAUAUUAUACAUAUCUUCAAUCAGAAAUAAGGCUGAGUAAAGCUGCUUCCAGCUAACCUCCCAAAUUCUGCUUCUGUGUGACCUUGGAAAAAUUGCUUCACCUCUGUGGUCCUCAGUUUCUUUAUUUGUAAAAUGGGGAAAUACAGCUAUGUGUCUUUUGUGACAACCGUGAAUUUUUGGGUCUGUGAAAUAGAAGUCCAGAGAUCUAAACUGUGAGGCUGGUUAGCUGCUAGUUGUGUGACUUGGGCCAAUUUUCUUAUCGACUUUUUAAACUAUUUCUGUAAAAUAAAGCCCAUAGUAUCUAUGCCACUUACCUGACAAGGGCAUGGAGAAGAUCAAAAUGAUGCAUAAAACUGAAUGUGCUUUAUAACCAAGGCAGCAAGGCAUGGAGUGAGGGGUGACAGUGGAUAAUGACCUGCUCCUUCAGGGACACUGGCAUGCCUGCUCCUCCCCACCUCAUUACAUGCCUGAGCCCUCCCAGGGCCAAGCACUCUCUGAUCUGGGGAGUCGUCUUCACACCCUUAGCUGACUGUUGCUUAUGCUGGUGCCCACCUGGAAGUUCUUCCUUUCCCACAGGUCUACCUGAUUCCCACCCUGGUAUUGGCGAUUCACUCUCACAAAGCCAUCUCUGACCACCACAGCCUUCAAUCAGUGCUCCCUUCAUUACUCACUGUCCUUAGUCACUAUGAGCUUUUAGCUGCCUCUCUUCCACUCUGAUUGCUCCCCAACUUAAUGAUAAGUAUUAAGUCAUUUCAGGUGACGGCCACUGUUCUUGAUUUGCUCUGUUUCAGCAUACACAGAAGAUUGUCUAUGUGCGCCACCAAAGUGGAAAGCCUCUUGUGUUGGGAAUUGGAGAGGUGGGAACUCUUUGAGUGACCAGUGGAGGGAGCAGAGGCUGUGUUGCUCAGCAGAUACUAGCCUACAAGCUAGGUUAAAAAAACAAAAUUUUUACAGAUGACAUGAGAGUAUAUUUAGAAAAUCCCAUAUUCUCAGCCCAAAAUCUCCUUAAGAUGAUAAACAACUUCAGCAAAGUCUCAGGAUACAAAAUCAAUGUACAGAAAUCACAGGAAUUCCUAUAUACCAAUAACAGACAAACAGAGAGCUAAAUCAUGAGCAAACUCCCAUUCCCAAUUGCUGCAAGAGAAUAAAAUACCUAGGAACACAACUAACAAAGGAUGUGAAGGACCUCUUUAAGGAAAACUACAAACCACUGCUCAAGGAAAUAAGAGAGGACACAAACAGAUGGAAAAACAUUCCAUGCUCAUGGUUAGGAAGAAUCAAUAUCGUGAAAAUGGCCAUACUGCACAAAGUAAUUUAUAGAUUCAGUGCUCUCCCCAUCAAGCUACCAUUGACCUUCUUCACAGAACUGGAAAAAAACACCUUAAACUUCAUAUGGAGCAAAAAAAAGAGCCCAUAUAGCCAAGAAAAUCCUAAGCAAAAAGAACAAAGCUGGAGGCAUCACGCUACCUGAUUUCAAAUUAUAUUAUAAGGCUACAGUAAUCAAAACAGCAUGGUACUAGUACCAAAACAGAGACAUAGACCAAUGGAACAGAACAGAGACCUCAGAAGUAACACCAUACACCUAAAACCAUCUGAUAUUUACAAACCUGACAAAAACAAACAAUGGGGAAAGAAUUCCCUGCUUAAUAAAUGUUAUUGGGAAAACUGGCUAGCCGUGUACAGAAAGCUGAAACUGGACCCAUUCCUUACACCUUAUAACAAAAAUUAACUUUAGAUGGAUUAAAGAUUUAAACAUAAGACCUAACACCACAAAAACCCUAGAAGAAAACAUAGACAAUACCAUUCAGGACAUAGACACAGGCAAGGACUUCAUGACUAAAACACUGAAAGCAUUGGCAACAAAAGCCAAAAUAGACAAAUGGGAUCUAAUUAAACUCCAGAGCUUCUGCACAGCAAGAGAAACAAUCAUUAGAGUAAACAAGCAAGCCACAGAAUAGGAAAAAAUUUUUACAAGCUACCCAUCUGACAAAGGGCUAAUAUCCAGAAUCUACAAAGAACUAAAACAAAUUUACAAAAAAAAAAAAACCCAUCAAAAAGUGGGUAAAGGAUAUGAACAGGCAUCUUUCAAAAGAAGUCAUUUAUGUGGCCAACAAACAUAUGAAAAAAUGUUCAUCAUCACUGGUCAUUAGAGAAAUGCAAAUCAAAACCACAUUGACAUACCAUCUCAUGCCAAUUAGAAUGGUGAUCAUUAAAAAAUCUGGAGAGGAUGUGGAGAAAUGGGAAUGCUUUUACACUGUUGGUGGGAGUGUAAAUUAGUUAAACCAUUGUGGAAUACACUGUGGCAAUUCCUCAAGGAUCUAGAAAUAGAAAUACCAUUAGACCCAGUAAUCCUAUUACUGGGUGUAUACCCAAAGGAUUAUAAAUCGUUCUAUUAUAAAGACACAUGCAAAGAUAUGUUCACUGCUGCACUGUUUACAAUAGCAAAGACGUGGAACCAACCCAAAUGCCCAUCAAGGAUAGACUGGAUAAAGAAAAUAUGGCACAUACACACCAUGGAAUACUACGCAGCCAUAAAAAAGGAUGAGUUUAUGUCCUUUGAAGGGACCUGAGUGAAGCUGAAAACCAUCAUUCUCCCCAAACUGACACAAAAACAGAAAACCAGACACUGCAUAUUCUCACUCAUAAGUGGAUAUAGAACAAUGAGAACACAUGGACACAGUGAGGAGAACAUCACACACUGGAGUCUGUUGUGGGCUGGGAGGCUAGGAGAGUGAUAGCAGGAGGUGGGGAGGUUGGGGAGGGGUAACAUUAGGAGAAACACCUAAUGUAGGUGAAGCGGGGUUGGAAGCAGCAAACCACCAUGACAUGUGUAUACCUAUGUAACAAUCCUGCAAGAUCUGCACAUGUACCCCAGAACUUAAAGUAUAAUUUAAAAAAAUUUCACCUUCCCUCCCAACAAAUGCUUAUUAAAAUCAAGAAAAAAAAAAAGGCCAGAACUGGCUUUUUGCAUGCAUUUCUCCUAUGGUAGGUAUAUAGUGCUUUUUAUUCAUACUCCCCAAAUAUUAGGAAAUAGAGCUCUGCAGUGUCAAAACCAGCUCUUAGAUAAUUUGGAGAUAUUCCAGUGAGUUUUUUAGGAUUAAAAUUUGAGAGUGAGAAUAUGAAAAUACUCACUCCAGCAGAUUUCCUCUUACAUACUGAAUCCUAGGCCCGGUGCUACAGAUAGCAAAUGGGAAGAUAUAAGAAUGCCCCAGUCCAGUGGAGAGGACACACAAGAGGAAGCUUCAGGAACAGUAGGCUGCAUGCUUGGGCAAGUGCAUGCCAAGGAAGGCUUUGCAGAAGAGGAAUGUGAGUGGAGUCUCGAAAACCUUAUGACUUAGCCAGUUCAAGAGUGAAGGAAGAAUCUUGAAGGUGCUUGUGGGGAAGUGGUGAAGAAUCAAGCUGGCUAGCAGGACUGGGGCCAGCUUGGGAAGAGCCUUUACUGUCUCACUGAGAAUUUGUAUUUGGCCUGAAAACCACAAACAGCCACUGCUGGGAUUCAAAUAGAAAAUUAAAAUGAUCACGUUUGCAUUUAAGGAAGAACCUGUAUUUUUUAAAUGGCUGCUGCAUAUAAUUAUUCAUCCAUAUACUUUCUGAGGUGUGGUUUCAUUUUGUUUUUACUGCAGUGUCUUAGCCACAGGAUUUAGAAGGUUGAGGAGCAUGGCAGGGGCUGAGACUGUGCCAAAGACACUUUUCAAUUUUUACCUGCGGCCUUCUAAGACAAAACCUGCCAGUGUUCUGAAGAGCCAUGAAUCCUGGCUGCUGAGUUACCUGGGGCAAGUCACUGCAUCUCUCUGAGCCUCUGUUUUCUGAUAUAUUAACAUAAGGAAGUGUAUUUGAUUCAAUAAAAUCAAUUUAUUGUUUUGUAACAAGUUUUUUUUUUCUUGAGAUAAAGUCUCACUCUGUUGCCCAGGAUGGAGUGCAAUGGCUUGAUCUUGACUCACUCCAGCCUUGACCUCCUGGGCUCAAGAAAUCCUCUCAUCUCAACCUCCGGAGUAGCUAGGACUACAGUAGCAUGCCAGCACACCUGUUUAAUUUUAUUUUUUGUAGAGAUGAGGUCUCACUAUGUUGCCCAGACUGUACUUGAACUCCUAGACUCAUGAGAUCCUAUCUCAGCCUCCCAAAGUACUGGGAUUACACAGGCGUGAGCCACCAUGGCCAGCCAGUUGUUUGUUUGUUUGUUUUUUUUAAAUGAAAUAGAAUAUAUAAAAAAGAAAAUGUCAAAGAGCAUUACACAUAGUAAGGGUAUUAUUGUUUUGUGAAACUUUGGUUUUGCCAAUACACACACUCACACACACACAUACGAAAUCAGUAUUUCUGUGUGUGUGCACAUGUGCACUAAGUUGUGAAAUAGAGUGUCUAGCACCAGAAAAUAGAAAUCUGAAAACUGGUGGACAAAUAAGCUUUCUUCCUAUUCUUUUUUUUUAUUAUUGUACUUUAGGUUCUGGGGUACAUGUGCAGAUCAUGCAGGAUUGUUGCAUAGGUACAUACAUGGCAAGGUGGUUUGCUGCCUUCAUCCCCCAUCACCUAUAUCCGGUAUUUCUCCCCUCAUUAUCCCUCCCCACCCUUCCCAACCCCCACUGUCCCUCCCCUAGCUCCCCAUAACUGACCACAGUGUGUGUGAUGCUCCCCUCCCUGUGUCCAUGUGCUCUAAUUGUUCAACACCUGCCUAUGAGUGAUAACAUUCGGUGUUUGGUUUUCUGUUCUUGUGUCAGUUUGCUGAGAAUGAUGGUUUCCAGAUAUAUCCAUGUCCCUAUGAAAGACAGAAACUCAUAGUUUUUUAUGGCUGUAUAGUAUUCCAUGGUGUUUAUGUGCCACAUUUUCUUUUUUUUCCUUAUGCUGCUGACCAGUAAGUUGUUGAAGGCUAUUCUAUUAAUAAAAGAGUAUAGGAAGUACUUAACAACUAUACUAUUAAUAAAAGAGUAUAGGAAGUACUUAACAAUUAUUGUGUCUGUGGCAUUUCACGUGCACAAAGGUGUCUGAAGCUACUCCUCAGGAUUUUGAUAGGGCUUCUCUAUAGAAGCGUUUUCACAUUUUUAUUUCUUUAUGGUAAUCCUGGGAUCUCAAGCCCUUGCUUUAAUUUUGUGUUGUUAGUAGCGACAUCUAGUGGUUCUGUUGCAAGUAUCCUGCAUUCUAGACCAUUAGAGCUGAAAGUGAUUUUAGAGACCACCAGGUCCCAUUUUGUAAAUUAUUAAAAACAAACUGAAAACUCAUAGUAUUUCUACAUUCACAUCAACUCUACAUAAUAAUAAAUAAAACCUAUAGCUGUGUAAUGCUUUCUUGGAUUACUUUGAAACUUUUCAAAUACCCAGAAGUCACUGUUGGUUUUAACCAUGAGAAAUUUAGCAAAGCAUGCCCUGAUAAAUUUAAAGAAAAUCAUAGUUCAAAGCUACAGCCUUUGGUGCAUUGCUAUUUACAGGUGCAUGCCAGAGCCUCAGGCUUUUGCAUGGUGCCUGGUGUUUGGUAGCACUCAAUAAAUCUUGGUUGAAUGUUUGAAUAUGUGGGUGAUCGCAAAAUUCUAGAGAAGAAUCCCCGAGGAAGUAGGACUUGAAGGACAGAGAAUUUGAUAAAUGACUAGAAGGCUAAACUUUUAAGUUAGGGGCCAUGGGCCAGGUGCAGUGGCUCACACCUGUAAUCCCAGCACUUUGGUAGGCCAAGGCGGGUGGAUCACUUGAGAUCAGGAGUUCAAGACCAGCCUGGCCAACAUGGUGAAACCCCAUCUCUACUAAAAAUACAAAAAAUAGCUGGGUGUGGUGGUAUGUGCCUGUAAUCCCAGCUGCUCCACAUGUGCCUGUAAUCCCAGCUGCUCUAGAGUCUGAGGUAGAAGAAUGGCUUGAGCCCAGGUGUGGUGUUCGCGCCAAAGGCUCGAGACAGUUGACUCGUCCCAGUUUGGCUGCUGGACCUGUACUGCAUUUCCUCACCUCGAGGGCUGUCGAGUGAGACAGGGCCGUAAGCUGACUCACUAAAAGCAACAACAGAAUGCAAAGCAAAGGCCUGCGGUUUAUGAGGACAUUGUGCUGUCUGCUUCCAUGUCCCCCUUCAGUCUCUGUGUAAGCAAUAAACUUGCUGCAAUUGCAAUGUCUAAGAGGAGCAGAGACCUCUGCCCAUAUUUUCUCUGGACCCAAGCCUUUGUUUUAGCUCCUGAUGCAAAACAGGUUUAACCAGCCACCUUAAGGGCGCCACUGUAUCUUUGGAAUGUAAAAUCAUUGAAAUGUAAACUACUACCACUAGCCCCCUUAAACUGCUUCCUGAGCAGGAUAUCACAAGCCCCGGAUAUCUAUUUUAUGGAGUUUGUUUCCUUUCUGUUUUCCCCUUUGUUUCUUUCUGCUGAGAUGAGGUAAAUGUAAACAAGACAAAAGGUAUAAAAGCUGUAACCCACAAAAAUAAAUUUGCUGUGUUUUGGCCAUAAUCUUCACGCAGCCCUCCAGACUCUACUUUUCUAUGUUCUUUCUUUUCCGCGCACUCUCUCUCUCAGGUUGAACGAGACAUCUACGUUGGCGGUCUCGGGGACUCCCGCCGGUCGGUAGUCCCCCGGCAGACGUGCCGGACCCCGACAUCCAGGAGGCAGAGAUUGCAAGAUUGUGCCACUGCACUCCAGUCUGGGCAACAGAGUAAAACUGUCUCAAAAAAAAAAAAAAAAAAAAAAAAGUUAGGGGCCAUGGAAGGCCAAAAAGGAACCAUGAGUAGGACCCAACAGAGCACGUUUGAAGGUUUUAACAGAGAAAGAUGACCAUGUGGAGUUCUUGAAAGCCUCAUUUGGAAGUGGUAAAUUGGAUGGAUUAGAAGGAAGAGAAACUGGAUAGAGGCCAAGAAGCUAAUUUAGUGGUGAAGUGAUGAGUUUCUAAGUUAGGAUGAUGACAGAGGAAAGAGAAAGAGAUCAGUUUCAGAGAUACUUUGAAAACCAGAACUUGGUGUGAAGAGAAUGAGAAGACACUUGUCAUGACUUGGUUAUGGCUCAGAUUGUAUACCGGAUGUCCCUGUCCAUGCCUGGACCAGCUUCCUUGGUCUCUGUUCUGCAGGUAUCAGGGACUGAACUUGCUUUCUUCUUUCCAGAAAUGCCACACACCCUAUCCUGUGAGAAUAUUUCUUUCUUCCAACCAGCAGCAGAGUGAGAUGUAGUCUCCUCAGCGCUGUCCUUCAAAAGAUUCAAAGAAAGAGUCCCCAGGCCCUUUCCUGCUUAUCCAUUGGGAAAUGGCGAAAUAAAAUGUUGUACUAUGUAGCAGUUAAGGGGAUGAAUUCAGUAUCUUUGUCUCAAAAUGGGCACAUCUCAAAAACAUUAUUGAGUUAAAACAGAAAACAAAUAGUAGAUGUUAACUAUGGACUGUUUGAGUGUCCCCCGGCCAAAAGCAUGCAUGUGCUGGAAAGCUAAUCACUGUUGCAACAGUAUUAAGAGGUGGGACAUUUAAGAGAUGACUAGGCCAUGAGGACUCUGCCUUUAUGAAUGGAAUCAUGCCAUUGUGAUUGCAUUCGUAAGGGCAGAGUCAAAAGGGUGAGUUUGGCACCCUCUUGCUUACUCUCACCCAUGUGAUGCCUUCUACCAUGUUAUGAAGCAGUAACAAGACCCUCACCGGAUGCAACCCUUCGAUCUUGGACUCCAAAGCUGUGAGCUAAUAAAGUUCUGUUCAUUAUAAAUUACCCAGUUUGUAGUGUUCCAUUAUAGCAGCACAGAACAGACUAAGAAGUCACUAUGCAUGCAGCUUGAUGCUGUUUAUAUUUUAAAAUGCAUGUAUUUUCUGUAGGUACAUAUACUGCAAGGGUAUGAAAAAUAUAAAAAGUGAUCUACAAGGAAGGACACCAAACUUGUAAAAAAAGGUGAUCUGCAGCUAGAGUGUGGGAACUUGGUUUGGAAGUGAUCAAAGAAGAUUUUGGCUCUUUUUGUAAUGCUACACUUAUCUAUCCAUAGAAUGUAAAACUAGAAAUUCCUUUUUAAAAAAAGAUUUGAGUCCUUAUAGAUAAUUUGGGAAACAGAAGAAUUUGAAGGAGAAUAUUUAAAAAUCACUGAAGUGUAUAUCAUCUAGAGAUAACUGCUUUUAAGUUUUUUAUGUAUUUCCUUGUGCUAGUUUAAACAUAUUUAAUUAGGAUCAUCCUGUAUAUGGAUAUGGUUUUACAUCCUGAUUUUUUCCACUUAACAUUAUAUCUGGAACUUUUCUCAUGUCAUUUAAUGUUCUUUGAAAAUACUAGUUUAAAUGAGUAACUAGGAUUUCUGCUAUUCCAAAAUGUAUCAAAUAAUUAUCCUAUUGUUUGACUUUUGGUCUUUUCUAAUUCCUCACUGUUUAUUUAACAUACAUUCAUUACAGCACUUACUUCCUGCCAGGAACUGUUCUAGGAAUAUAACAAUCAAUAGGGCAGACAAAACCCCUACCCUCAAAGAGCUUUCAGAAUGUAAUACAAUGAGCCCGGUGCGGUACCGCCUGUAAUCCCAGCACUUUGGGAGGCCAGGGCAGGCGGAUCACCUGAGGUCAGGAGUUUGAGAACAGCCUGGCCAACGUGGCAAAACCCCAUCUCUACUAAAAAUAGAAAACCAAUAGCUGGGUCUGGCGGUGCACACCUGUAAUCCUACCUACUUGGGAGACUGAGGCAGGGGAAUUGCUUGAACCCAGGAGGUGGAGGUUGCAGUGAGCCAAGAUCACGCCAUUGCACUCCAGCCUGGGCAGCGGAGUGAGAUUCUGUCCUGGAAAAUAAUAAUAAUAAUAAUAAUAAUGUAAUGCAAUGAGAAAUGUAUGUAGAAACCUGUGCUCACAUUUUGUUUCUUUAGGUUACACAAUUAAUAAUGGAAUUAACAGAUCAAAGGAUAUAGAAUCAUGUCACUUAAUUGUUCCCCAGUAAGCAUAUAGCAAUUUACAUUCCCAGCAGCAGUCUGUGUAUUAUCAUUUUCUUAAAUCUUUGAAAAUUAUUUUACUUUGCUUUAAUUACUGAAUUGAACAUUUUUCUCUUCUUGUCCUGCUAAAAUUUCUUCAGCUUCAUUUCUUCUUAAUAUAUUUUUCUCAGUGUGUUAAAUUUAGUUUUCUCACCUUCUUGUGACUUGCUUGCCCCCGACAUGUCCAUUGUGCCCCUAUAAGAGCAGAUUGUCCAUGUUCUGCUUCAGUUUAACCAGAGAAUAUGCAGUUAAACAAUUAGAAUACGUAUGUUAUUUUUAAAAAUUAUUAUGGAAAAUUUCAAACAUAUGCAAAAAUAGAGAAAAUAUUACAAUUAACCCUCACCUAUAAAUUGGAAUCAACAAUUACCAAGAUUUUGCUGUAUUUGUUUUACUUAGCUCUUUUUUUCUUACUGUGCUAAAAUACUUUAAAGCAGUAACAGACAGUAUGUCAUUUGUUUUUACAGGUGCGUAGUGAACAUUUUUAUUUGAUUUAUUCCUUCCAUUUUUACUCCAUUCUUAGAUGUUAAGAAUAUCUUUGGGUUUUUUUCCUCUGCUUUUAUUCCUGAGCAUAUUAUUAUAUGCCCUCUUUCGAAUUCUGUCUUUACCAAUAGCAUGGGGAACUCUUCUCUAAAAUGACCAUAAUUAGGGCAGCUGUGAAAUAAAAGCAGAAUGUAAACUGUACAUUGUGCAUGUUCUGUAGACUGGAUCAUCUAAAGAACUGCACAACACUGGAAACGCUCAUAAACUAUGUCAGACCACAGGCAACUUCUGUCGAUUGUUCUCAGCUGUGAUUAAAAUGAAAAAUUAUGUAAUAUGUCACUAAGUGCCUAUUGUUGUGCAGAUUGAAAUAGUAGCUGGUUUCUUGUGUUAAGAACUCAUAUACACAAAUAUACACACAUAGUCAGAAAAUUCUGCAUAUAGUUUCAGGAGUUCCUAGUCCCACUAAAAUCCACCUAUGGGCCAAACCCUAUCCAUCCAUGGGAAUCCUGGCAAAUAAAUUCCACUCACAAUGGGUUUCUUCCAUUAUUUACACACACACACACACACACACAAACACACACACACACAGAAGCAGGAGGAAGAUGAGUAUGUUGAUAAGGAAAAAAGUGCCUAAUUAUAAACAUAUAAACAUAAGAAAAUGUGUAAAAUACAGAACAAACAAAAUCAACUGUUAUAUACUGAAAUUAAGAUCCUGGAGAAAUACUUGGAAGCUAUUAGGAACUUGUGGAAGGGAAAAGUGGUCAUACUACCUGCAAACACACACAAACAGGGUACCUAAAGCUGUCAACCGUAUAGGAAAAAAAAAUCUUAUUAUAAGCUGGAUAAAUAAAUUCAUAAAACUAUUGGGGGAAAAAGAUAUGACAAAACAAUCUAUUUCAUGCCAGCUUCCAAAGCAAGAAAUGGAUAAGACAUGUUCUCUCUACUGUUCUCAGCUGUGAUUGUAAUGAAAAAUUAUUUAAAGCAUGUCUUACUUUGCCCAUAUUGUAUAGGUGUAAACAUUAGCUGGUUGCUGAAAGAGGUAAGUAAGCAUUAUAAUACAUCCAUUAGCAUAUACACUUUGAAAUUUGGGUAUGCUCUGUAUGUCCUAUACUUUUAGCACAGCCAAGUAAUGUAGCCUCUUCUUUUUUUUUUUUUUUUUUUCUUUUGAGAGGGAAUCUCACUCUGUCACCCAGGCUGGAGUGCAGUGACGUGAUCUCGGCUCACUGCAACCUCUGCUUCCUGGGUUCAAGUGAUUCUCCCACCUGAGUCUCCCAGGUUGCUGGGACUACAGGCAUGUACCAUCACACCCGGCUAAUUUUUGUAUUUUUAGUAGAAACGGGUUUUCACCAUGUUGGCCAGGCUGGUCUCAAACUCCUGACCUCAGGUGAUCCACCCACCUCGGCCUCCCAAAGUGCCAGAUUACAGGAGUGAGCCACUGCACCUGACCUUCUAUUUCUAAUCAACUUAAUAAAAGAAUUUUAGAAGGCUAGAUUUAAAAAUUUCUCCCGCACUGUGACUAGAGAACAGAAUUCAUGCCAACAAUAACUCAUUACCACAAAUAAGCAGAUCACUGGUAGAGGGAGCCAGCACUUCUGUGGCUAGCUCUGAUUAGUGACCUGGGGACUUUGACUUCCUUCUUAACCCUCCUGACCAUCAGAAUUGCUGUUUGCAAGCUUCAGUUCAGCUGGAAAGCAGAGUGCAUUAAAGGAAGGAAUUUGUGAUGCUGCUCGUCACGUACAUCAGAGCUGUGUGUGAGUGGCUCCCUUGUUUUUGAAGAUAAACCACACAUUGGAGGCUUUAGUGACCAUCUGAAUGAGGUGGCAACUGGGCAUGUGCAUUUUUGAGAAUAUUGGUUAUUUGUCACUCCUGGUUCCCUUCAAAUGUGUCACUCUAAAAAACUAUUUUCUCCUAUGAGACAAGUCAUGCUUUAAAACAUGUGUUAAAUGUUUUAAUGGUUUGCUCUACACCUGCUGUGGUGACAUUACUGUGACAAUUUAUAAGCUAUAAAAUCCACUUCUAUUCCUCAGGUACUAACAAACAUGACAUCACUUUACCAAACAAUAAGGAGAGGAUUUGUGUUAGAAAUGAAGACUGCUCAGUAUAACCAGUGAAGACAGUGCCCCAGCUACAGUAGCAUAAGAAUGUGAGUUAAUGCUUAAAUGAUCCACUCACAUAGAUUUUAUAGGUUAAAAUAAAGAUAAGUUACUGUUAGUGAAAAUUUUUAUUGUCAUAUGGUAAUUCAUUAUCUUAGUCUCUUUUCUUGGCUUUAUGCAAAGCCAAUAAAGAAAAACACUAGCUACUUUGACAAUCUUCCAACAGAUUCCAGGAAUAUUAUCCAUAGUGUAACCAUUAUGACCAAUCCUACAACUAGAUAUUUUCCUGGAAUGAAAUACAGGAAUCCAAUACACAUACAGAUAUACAUUUGAAUUUGUGUAGCUGUCAAAUUAGAACCGCGUCUCUCAGUGCUAUAAAAAAAUAACAGGAAAAAGCCCACGUUUAUCUGAGGUGUUGUGUUUUUAGACUUUCAAAUUUUUUUUCAAAGCAUCAGUAACUGGAGUAUUUCAAUAUUUUCAUUUAAAUACACAGAAAAUUUACUAAUCACAUUAUACCUCUCCUCUUCCCUUCACUCUUACUAAAUACCCAAAUAAGUUUAUGCCUGAAUUUACUAAGAAGCUACCUGUAAGGCAGUGUUUAUCAUUUUGCAAUGGGGUGUCUCUGACAGAAAUAAUUCCAUAUGGAGAAUAGACUAUUGUUCUGAUUUGAGCUGCACCGAUUACUUGGGCAAAUUAUUUCUAAAAUACUUAAAAGCUGCGUUAUUUGGGCUUCUGACUUAUAAGAUGAAAGCAGUAAUUCCCACAAAUGCAGAAAACAGGAGGUGGCUACAUAAGAACUACCUGACAGAUUUUUCCUGGAUACCCUCAAGAUGGUUUCCCAGGGGAAUUCUGAUGUCCCUGGGUUUGGGAACCGCAGUACUAAGUGAUAUCCUGAUUGUUUUUGCUGUAACAAUUUCUGAUUUGUUUGGACUUUGCUAGGCAAAUAAAGAUAAUCUGUAUUGAUGAAAUAACAGACUACCCAUUCAUAAAAUUUAUAUAUACACACAUAUAAGAAUACAUUACUUUUUAUUUAUAAAUAAGGCACACAGAAGUUGCAAAAAUAGAAUAGUUUGUUAUAUCCUUCAUCCAGCUUUCCCAAAUUAUAAUAUCUUUUAUAACCAGAGUAUAUUUUCAAAACUGGGAAAUUGACAUUAGUACAAAACUAUUAACUACAGAAUUUACUCAUUCACCAAUUUUUACAUGCUUUUAUUGUGUGUAUAUUACUAUGAAAUUCCAUUGCAAGUAUUGAUUUACAUAAACAUUACCAAGAUCAAGACGCAAAGUGUCUUCAUUCUUACAAAGAAACUCCCCCAUACUAACCUUUCUUUUAUUGUCAGACUCUGCCCCCAUUUUUAAUCCCUAGUGAUCACUGGUCUCUUCUCCAUUGCUAUAAUUUUGUCAUUUCAAGAGUGUUAUAUAAAUGAAUCCAUACAAGAUACAACAUUUUGAGAUCAGCCUUUUGUACCCAUUAUACAACCCUAGAGACUCAUAGAAGUUGUUUUAUGUAAUAAUCUGGCUAAGUAGUAUGUCAUUUAUGGGUAUACCACAGUGUAUAUAUUUGCCCAUUGAACCAUAUUUAGGUUGUUUGUAUUUCUUGGCUGUCCAAAUAAAGUUGCCAUGAAUAUUUAUAUACAGGUUUUUGUGUGGACACAUAUUUUCAUUGCUGUAUUUCAAUCCUCUCCCCAGGAGUACAAUUUCUGGGUCAUAUGAAGUAACUGUUUAACUUUAUAAAAAACUGACAAACUUUUCAAGAGCGACUGCAACAUUUUUCUGUCAACAAUGUAUGAGAUUCAGUUACUCUACUCUCUACAUUCUCACCAGUACUUGGUAUUAUCAGCAUCUUUAGCUUUUUUUUUUUUUUUUUUUUUUUUGAGACAGAGUCUCGCUGUGUCACCAGACACCAGGCUGGAGUGCAGUGGCAUGAUCUUGGCUUACUGCAACCUCCUCCUCCUGGGUUCAAGCGAUUCUCCUGCCUCAGCCUCCCAAGUAGCUGGGACUACAGAUGUGCACCACCACGCCCAGCUAAUUUUUGUAUUUUUUUAGUUGAGGCGGGGUUUCAACAUGGUCUCGAUCUCUUAACCUCGUGAUCUGCCCACCUCGGCCUCCCAAAGUGCUGGGUUUACAGGUGUGAGCCACUGUGCCCGGCCAGCAUCUUUAACUUUAGUCAGGUUAUAGUGACAACUUGUUGUGGUUUCAAUUUGCAUUUUCCUGGAUGUUUAAUGAUUUGAUCAUCUUUUCAUCUGCUUGUUUGCCAUCUUCUUUGUGAAGAGAUGUAUAUUCAUAUAUUUGACCACUUUUUAAUGGGAUUAUCUGUUUUUCACUUUUGUUUAGAGAAUUCUUCAUCUCUUUUAGAUCUAAGUCCUUUAUUGGCUAUGUGACUUGCAAAUACUUUCUCCCAGUCUGUAGUUUGCCUUCUUAUCCCCUUAACAGGAUUCUUUUUUUUUUUUUCCAAGUCAGGGUCUCACUCUGUUGCUCAGGCUGGAUUGCAAUGGCACGAUCAUAGCUCACUGCAGCCUCAAACUCUUGGGCUGAAGCGAUCCUCUGAUCCUCUCACUUCAGCCACUCAAGUACUUGAAACUACAGAUGUACACAACCAUGCCAGGCUAAUUUUAUUUUUUUUGUAGAGAUAGGUGUAUGGCUUUGCUGCCCAGGCUGGUCUUGAACUCCUGGACUCAAGCUAUUAACAUCUUCCCAACUCAUUCUCCCAAAGUGCUGGGAUUACAGGCAUGAACCACAGUGCCCAGCUUAACAGGACUUUUCAGAGAGAAAAAGUUUUUAAAUUUUGAUGAAAUCCACCAAUUUAUCCAUUUUUUUCUUUUAUGAAAUGUGCUUCUAGUGUAAUGUCUAAAAACUAUACCUAAGCCUAAGUUGUAAAGAUAUUCUGUUUUAAAUUUUAUAGCUUUCCAUUUUAUAUUUAGUUAUAUGAUCCAUUUUAAAUUUCAUAAUACGUGUGAGUUUUGGGUUCCUUUUUUUGUUUUUGUUUUCGGCAAAUGGAAGUCCACAUCAUUUAUCGAAACUAUUCUUCCUCCAUUGGUUUUAAGAUAAAUCCAUUGGUCAUACUUAUGAAUGUCUAUUUAUAGAUUCUCUAUCUUAUUUCGUUGGUAUUUCUGUCUCUCCUCCAGAGAAACGUGGUGGCAGGAUGGCUCCUCCAGCAAGUCUUGAUUACUGUAGCUAUAGUCUUAAAAUCAAGUUUUAUGAUUUUUCCACUUUUCUUUUUAAAUAUUGUUUUAUUUAUUCUAAUUGCCUUUCUAUAUAAUUUUUUCUUAAUUUUUAUUAUUUUUUUGAGAUGGAGUUUCACUCUGUUGCCCAGGCUGGAGUGUAGUGGUGAGAUCUUGGCUCCCUGCCACCUCCACCUCCCAGGUUCAAGCGAUCCUCCAGCCUAGGCCUCCCAAGAAACCGGGAUUACAGGUGCCCAGCACCACAUCCAGGUAAUUUUUGUAUUUUUUUUAGUAUAGAUGGGGUUUCUCCAUGUCGGUCAGGCUGGUCUCGAACUCCUGACCUCAGAUGAUCUGCCCACCUCAACCUUCCAAAGUGCUGGGAUUACAAGCUUAAGCCACCGAGCCUGGCCUCUAAAUACAUUUUAGAAUUAGCUUUUUAUUUAUUAUAAUUAUUUUUUUGAGAUGGAGCCUUGCUCUUGUUGCCCAGACUGGAGUGGAAUGGCGCGAUCUAGGCUCGCCACAACCUCCACCCCUUGGGUUCAAGCGAUUCUCCUGCCCCAGCCUCCUGAGUAGCUGGGAUUACAGGUAUAUGCCACCACACUUGGCUAAUUUUAUAUUUUUAGUAGAGAAGGGGUUUCUCCAUUUCAGCCUGGUCUCGAACUCCUGACCUCCUAACCUCAGGUGAUCCGCCCGCCUCAGCCUCCCAAAGUGCUGGAAUUACAGGCUUAGCUUUUCAACAUCUACCAAGAAAAAAACCACUGCUAGAAUUUUGCAUACAUUUUGUGCCCAAGGUGAGUGUAUUGUUCCUCUUACCAUAGACCUGGGCUUGCAGUCAGGCCUGGCAUCCAUGUCAUGUUGGAUACAUGAAGGAAGGGGGCCUCAGCCAUAAGGCAGUGAGGAAUGGGUAGGCCACACAGCGAAAGCAGAAGGCACUAAGACCAGGCUCAGCUGCUUUUGUAUCUGAGGUGCUGGAGGUGUAUUUUUGGGUCAAUUUGGCAGCCCAUGGGCCUCUGGCAGGAUGGUUCCACAAGUGAAAAGGGCAUCCCGGGUGCAGCCAAGAAGCUACAGCUGCAAGGCAUUGUCGAAGGUGUCUCGAUGAGUCGCGAAAGCAGGGGAACCGGGACAGGUCCCUGGGAACCCGUGCUGUCCCAGCCCCUGCCUGGUGCACCCUCCCUGCGGUCACAAGAACCGCAUUGCCUGGCAAGAGCUGACUGCCUCGCGCCUGACGCCUGGGGCCUGGGGCCUGGAACCAUGCUGCAACGGUAGUCUCCAUCCCUGGUUCUGACCCGGUGAGCAAGGCCCAGCAAUCUCUCCCCCGUCACUAAGGCUUCGGUCAGCUAAGGCCCAUCAGAAAGCACAAUACUGACCGCAGCUACACCUUAGGAAAUGCCGGUGCAAACCAACAGGCAGCCUUUCCACCCUUGUGGACAGAGACUGUGACCAUCAAAGAAAUAAGCACAUGUGUGCUGGAAAACAAGCUCUGAAGUAAGAGCAAAUGACAUGCAAGGUACCCUAAUAACAGGAACAGAGUCCUGAGGCUGGGUGUUGAACACAAGUUUCAGCGUGAGCAACUGAGACCAGUGUUGCUAGAGCAGAGACUGCAAGAGAAAAAUGGCAGGGUAAGGCUGGAAUAUGCAGGGACGAGGCAUAACCUGGGUUCUUCUGUGCCAUGGCAAAGGUUCUGCUCCUGAUCCAAUGGGAAAUGGGCAACCAAAGCAAUUGUUUCCAAAGCUCCUAGACAGUGUAAAGCUGGUCUCUAACUCCUGACCUCAUAUGAUCCUUAGGAUUUGAUCGAGGCUGAUUAACCUGUAUUUACUAUUAACAGUAGUUUCUUAGAUCAGAUUUAAAUCAGAAGGUCAAUAGCUUCAUUUCAACCAUGUCACUGUAUCCGUGAAAAUUCUGAAACAAGUAUUUGUGAAGGGCAAACCCUGCAUGUACUCAGCACCUAGCUUAAUUAAAAAGAACCAAUAUUAUCUCUACAGUAAACCACAUCCAUUGCUGACUGGUCUUUGAAGACAUGGAGGUUGCUGACAGAUUCAUGAGAAAAUACUGAUACGUAUCUGCUAUCUGUUGCCUGGCAUAUACUUCCACCAACUAAAUGAUUCAAUGCCUGUAUCCUAUUUCAAACACAGUAGACACAUCACAACAUAGAUCCUGACUUUUUGAGAUGAAGUUUCACUCUUGUUACCCAGGCUGGAGUGCAAUGGUACUCGGCUCACUGCAACCUCUGCCUCCUGGGUUCACGCAAUUCUCCUGCCUCAGCCUCUUGAGUAGCUGGGACUACAGGAGUGUGCCACCAUGCCCAGCUCAUUUUUUUGUAUUUUUAGUAGAGAUGGGGUUUCACCAUGUUUACCAGGAUGGUCUCGAUCUCGACUCUGUGAUUCACCCGUCUUGGCCUCCCAAAGUGCUGGGAUUAUAGGUGUGAGCCACUGUGCCCAGCCGAUCCUGACAUCUUUAAGUAAUUCAAUAGAGUGGGGAGCAAUUUUGAGGUUACUAUUUAUCAUCUUGGGUCCCUAAAAGAUGGAUACGAGAAUAUGCAUUUCCAAGGGCACCUAGGAUUAUCUAUGGGAAUGAAACCUGGCAACUGCUUGAAGAGUCACACUAGAUACAGAAAAUACCAAGAAUAAAAAAUAAAUUAUCUCACUAGAAUUUCUGUGAAUUUUUUGAAGUUCCAUUAAAGUUCUUAAAUACAACACCACACAUUUACUCUAGAUCUAUCUCAUUUUCUUAUUCCACAGGAUGAGGGUAAUUGUGCCAGGGUAUAAACCUAGAGAAUCCUAAAACAACUGUCUUAUCAUCACCUGAAAUUGCUAAAGGUCCUGUGUUUGCUGGCUUACGAUUCAAAAAAAAAAAAAAAAAAAGCAGGUAAAGAACACAAUCUUUGUGGUGAGAACAGGGAACAAUAAGAUACAUUUUUUGGCAUAUGAAAAUUUAUUACUACAGUGUUUUCACCAUUAAAAUUUAUGAUCUUGGUCUUUCCUUCUUGCCUUUGUAUAGCGCCAAAAGAGAGACAUUGGCUACUUUGACAACCUUAAAGCGAACUCCAGGAAUAUCACCAACAGCAUGACCUUUGCGACCAAAUCCAGCUACCAGAACUUCAUCGUUUUCCU